AUGCCUUCUCAAGUGGCAACGUGCCUGCGGUUUGCGCGGCAGUUCGCUGCUGACCCAGUAAAGCACCAGCGCUUCCUUGCCCGCACGUUUACCAGCAGCGUCCGCCGGGCCGCAAUCAACAAGGUCUUCGCCUCCGCUGAGGAGGCCACCAAGGACAUGAAGUCGAAUACGACCCUGCUGGCAGGUGGCUUCGGGCUUUCUGGCGUGCCGGAUACACUGAUCAACGCUGUCCGGGCGAACCCCUCUAUCCAAGGCCUGACGGCUGUCAGCAACAACGCCGGUGUCGACGGUUCUGGGCUGGGCCUGCUCUUGCAGUCCAAGCAGAUCAAGAAGAUGAUCGCUAGCUACGUCGGCGAAAACAAAACCUUCGAGCGCAUGUACCUGACUGGCGAGAUCGAGCUCGAGCUCACCCCCCAGGGUACUCUCGCAGAGCGCUGCCGCUCUGGUGGCGCGGGCAUCCCCGCGUUCUACACCCCGGCUGCGUUCGGUACCGUGGUUCAGACCGGCGAGCUGCCUCUGCGCCACAACAGCGACGGCACCGUCGCACUGUACAGCCAGCCUCGCGAUACCAAGGUGUUCGACGGCAAGAACUAUGUCAUGGAAGAGGCGAUCAAGGGCGACUACGCCUUUGUCAAGGCCUGGAAGGCCGACAAGCUGGGCAACUGCCAGUUCCGCUACGCGGCGGCCAACUUCAACGGUGCUAUGGGCCGCAAUGCCAAGAUGACCAUCGUCGAGGCCGAGCACAUCGUUGAGCCUGGUGAAAUUGAGCCUGCCGCCAUCCACCUCCCCGGUAUCUACGUCAAGCGCGUGGUCCAGAGCACCACCGAGAAACAGAUCGAGAAGUACACCUUCGCCAAGGAGGAGGGCGCCGACACCUCAGCGCUGGGCAAGGGUGACACCGCCAACAAGCGUGAGCGCAUCGUCCGCCGUGCCGCGAAGGAGUUCAAGAAUGGCAUGUACGCCAACCUGGGUAUCGGUAUGCCCAUGCUGGCUCCCAACUUCGUCGACCCCUCCGUUGAGGUGACUCUGCAGUCCGAGAACGGCAUCCUCGGCCUGGGCCCGUACCCCAAGAAGGGCGAGGAGGACCCCGAUCUCAUCAACGCCGGCAAGGAGACCGUCACCCUCAACCCUGGCGCCUCCGUCUUCGGCAGCGACGAGUCCUUUGGCAUGAUCCGCUCUGGACGCAUCGAUUUGACCAUCCUGGGCGCCAUGCAAGUCAGUGCCAAGGGCGACCUGGCCAACUGGAUGCUGCCAGGCAAGAUCAAGGGCUUUGGAGGUGCUAUGGAUCUCGUCUCUAACCCGUCCGCUACCAAGGUUGUCGUCACCAUGGAACACACCGACAAGAAGGGCAACCCAAAGAUCGUCAAGCAGUGCGAGUUCCCGCUGACCGGCCCCGCCUGUGUCAGCCGUAUUAUCACCGACCUCUGCGUCUUCGACGUCGACUUCACUGAUGGCCUGACGCUAAUUGAGAUCGCCGACGGUGUGACCGUCGAGGAGGUUAAGGCUAAGACUGAGGCUCCCUUCAAGGUCGCCGAUGACCUGAAGCCCAUGCUCUAA